AUGGCAGCAGCAGCACCCCAGCCCUCCAACAUGCCUGUCCCACAACACGAGAGAGCCCAGAGAUCCGCUGGCCCAUCCAGGAGAAGGACCUUUAAAGCCACCAACAUGAGCUUUAUGGAGAUGGUGGAGAUGGCUCAGAUCCUCAGAGAAGAGGAUUAUGAUUGCAAACACGGGCCAUAUGAACAUCCCAACAAAUUAAAGGCCCUGAUUAUGGACAAGGUUGAAAGGCGACUGUACCGAAAGUUUGGGGUCACAAGGUCACGCGAGCAACUCCGUAAGCGAUGGUCGGACCUGAAGCUGCGGGAGCCAGAGACCAUGAAACUAAUCCGAAAAGAAAUUAGAAGAAGGCGACAUGAAGCAGAGAACCUGGAAGCACAGAUCCAAGGCCCACCCCCGCGGGAUGAGUCUGCCACCACAUCCGGUAAGAAAGUAUCAUCUAACCCAGCUUCAGGAGACAUAUUUGGAAGGGUUUUCCAGAGAGAAUACAGACAUCUCCUGGCUUUUAUAUUUGCUAUUGAUGAGAUAAACCGCCGUCCAGAUAUUCUUCCCAACAUAACUCUGGGAUACCAUGUGUAUGAUUCUUGUGGACAUGUGAAUAAAGCUAUAAAAGACGUUCUACAGAUAUUGUCUGGACAUACAAAGGAAGCUCCAAAUUAUUCCUGUAUGGAGCGGGGUGCCCUGGCUGGUUUCAUUGGAGAUCUCAAUUCUGACACCACUCUCCAAAUGGCCCAGCUGCUGAAUCUAUAUGGUUACACCCAGAUUAGUUAUGGAGCCAGAGAUACUUUGCUGAGUGAUAGAAAGAUGUAUCCAAACUUUUUCCGGACAGUUCCGGAUGAUGAGAUGCAAUAUGUGGCCAUAGCAAAGUUACUGGAAAGGUUGAAGUGGAACUGGGUCGGGAUCCUUACAUCUGAUGAUGAAUACGGAGAGAGGGAGAUCCGACAACUCAGCAAACAUUUAUCUAAUCAUGGAAUUUGUAUUGAAUUCAAGAUUCUGGUGUCUUUAAAGAAUUAUGAUACAAUUCAUCCAGAGCUGCGGACCUCAACCACGGAAGUUCUUAUUAUUUGUGGCUCAGCUAGUAUGACUUAUUACAAGUUUUUGGAUAAUAAUGUCCCUUAUUACACGAAGAAAACAUUUAUUCUACCAGAUUCUUGGUCAAUGAGUGAAAUGUUUUUUGUUCUCAGUAACUGCAGCUUGGCGUUUACAUUCCCCUAUUUCUAUAUAAAGGGAUUGCUGGAAUAUUUUUAUAGAAUUUAUCCAUCCAGCCGCCCAAAUGACCCCCUGAUGGAGGAUAUUCUCAUAUUUGAAUAUGGAUGCUUUUCAAAAGACCAAAUGAAAAAUUUCCUUAUUCCACUCACAUUUAGCUAUCCUCUUAGAGAAUGCGAUCCUAUAGAGUGUAUAUUGCAGUCUACAUUUUGGCUCAAGCAUUACAUGACAUGGAUUUAUCUUUUAAAUUAA